AUGGUCCAGCUCAAGAACGUUGCUAUCAUUGCUGCCGUCGGCGCGGCUUCUUACGCCAGCGCCUCGCCCGUCGAGCCCAUGCAAGAACGUACCUUGGGUCUCUUGUACAAGCUCUUUGAGCUCAAGAAGAGCGCCUGGUCGAAAUGCGCUCCUUGGAAGCACGCGUCGCUUCCCUCGUUCACCUGGGGCUGCCAUGCACCGGGCAUUCCUACCUGGGGUGGCGGUGACAAGUCCAAGUGCUGGCUCAUCUGGAACAAGCACACCCCCUUCUGCCAGAAUGGCAACGUUCCCCCCAAGCCUGACGGCGACUGCAGCGGAGCCGUCUGCAAGUCGGGCUACGAGCAGGUCUUCAAGAACUACACGACUGUUGCUCACGGAGGCGUCUACGACGGCAAGACCGUCGGUGCGGCUACGAUCGACAACGCGAACUACAUCACCUACCUCCUCGUCGACAAUGUCGACAAGUGUCUGCAGGCUUGCAACGAGGAAAAGGGAUGCUUCUUCGUCAACAUCUACCAGGACAACGCCGACAAGCCCGAAGACAUCGACGACCUCCCGGACUCGGUCAAGCCCAAGUUCACCAAGGGCAACCUCACCUGCGCCCUCUACAAGGCUUGCUCGGGCAAGGACAAGGCGACCAACUACGGUGGCCAGCAGGACCCCACCUACAUCACUGACUCGGAUGGCUACUGCAAGAACGGCAAGUGCAAGAAGUGA